CGCCAGCUGCGCUCGUGGCCGGGCGCUCUUUGCUCCCAGUUCCCUCCCAGCGCUCCCAGUAAGAGCGGCACUGGCAGGGAAAGCGCUCCCAGUUCCUGCCCGGGGCUCUCAGCAUCGCUGCCGCUGCUCUCCGUGUCAUUCCCAGCGCUCCCAGUAUCACUCGCAGCGCCGCGCGGGUCGCAGCCGCUCCCACACCUGCCCGGGCCAGAGCGCGGCUGCUUUUGGGUGUCGGCACCUGCCCGGGCCGGGCUGGGAGCGGAGGAGGAGCGGGAGGAAGAGGAGGAGCGGGAGGAAGAGGAGGGGCGGGAAGAGGAGGAAGAGCAGCAGCGGCAGGAAGAGGAGGGACACGGGAGGAGCGGCAGGAAGAGGAGGAGCGAUUUUGGAACCAGGCGCUUCUGCCGCCCGCCCGCACAGAGCGCAGCUUCCCCCGGGUGCGGCAGCAUCGCCCCCCAAAAACCCGCAGGAUUUCCCAAAGCUCGGCAGCGAGGAGGAGGAGAAGGAGGCCAUGAGGACGCGGUCGAUGUCCCGGGAGCCGCAGGCAGACAAGGAGCUGAGCACGGCCAGCAGGGAGGACAAAUCCCCGCGGCACAGCCUCGGGCAAGAGGCCGUUUGCAGCGGCUCCACGGCGCAGGAAUGCAACGGGGAGGAAAAGCCCCGCAGAUCCCGCACCAGGAGGGGCUGCAAACGCACAGCCCGGGGAUCCCAGCAGGAAAGAGCCAGCCCAGGCCGGGGAGGCGGCCGGAGCUCGGAGCUGGGGCUGCGUGAUCAGCUUCACCGUGGGGAGAAGCCCCACAAGUGCUCGCAAUGUGGGAAGGGAUUCAGGUGGAGAUCAGGACUGACCCAACACCAGAGAGUCCACACGGGGGAACGGCCCUACGAGUGUGGGGAGUGUGGGAAGAGAUUCAGCCAGAGCUCAAACCUGAAUCUGCACCGGAGGAUCCACACUGGAGAGAGACCCUACGAGUGUAGGGAGUGUGGGAAGAGAUUCAGCGAUAGCUCACACCUCAAGGUCCACGAGAGGAGCCACACUGGGGAGAGACCCUACGAGUGUGAUAAAUGCAGAAAAAGGUUUCAGACCAGCUCCAGUCUCCUCCUGCACUAUCGCACUCACAAGAAUGAGAGGCCUUAUGAGUGUCCUGACUGCGGGAAGGGCUUCAAGCAAAACUCCAGCCUCGUCAAGCACCGGCGCGUCCACACUGGGGAGAGACCCUACGAGUGUGAUAAAUGCAGGAAGAGGUUUCAGACCAGCUCCAGUCUGCUCCUGCACUAUCGCAGUCACUGGGAUGACAGGCCUUAUGAAUGUCAUGACUGCGGCAAAGGCUUCAAGAAAAACUCCACCCUCGUCCUGCACCGGCGCAUGCACACUGGGGAGAGACCCCACAAAUGACACGAGUGUGGGAAGAGCUUUGCACACAGCUCUCACUUGACCAGACACCAACGGAGUCUCCACUGAGAGAAGCCCUGCGAGUGCCCCGAGUGCGGGAAGAGCUCCGUGCGCUGCUCCAGCUCCAUCCCCCAGGGCAGGAUCCGCGCUGGAUGAUCCCCAGUGACCCCCGGUGGGCAGAGCCCCGCUGAGCCCUGGUGCCGCUGAUCCGUGUUGGGAAGACACCUGGCUGGGGGCUCCACAUCCUCCUGCCUCCCAUCCCACUCCAAUUCCCAUUCCCAUUCCUGUUCUCCUUCCCUCUCCCUGUCCCGUAUUCUCUGCCCGGUUGUCGUUGCCAUAUUCCCAGUCCCAUAUUCCCUGUGUGCUGGGAAGGAUAAGGAUUUGACAGGAAGCUCUCACAGAUAUGUAUGUGCAACAUUUCCAUUUCCUAUUCCCAAUCCCAUUCCCGUAUUCCAAUUUCCAAUCCCUUUCCCAUCUUCUAAAUCCCCAUCCCUUAUUCUCUCACCAAUUGCUAUUUCCAUAUUCCCUGUCCCGUUCCCACACUCCCAUUCCCUGUUCCUGUUUCCUUUCCCGUUCCCAUGUCCCUGUCCCCAUUCCCAGAUGUGGGACUGGGGAACACAGAAGCCUCUCUGAGUCCCUCCGUGAGAGGAAAGAAUGCAAGAAUUAAAUUAAAAACCUUUUGAGAAAUGAAACUACAUUAUGUCACACAGACAUGAAAUAGGGGUCUGUGCUUUUGUUUCUAAGUAGAAAUAUUAGUUUGCAUAGAUAUGAAGUAGAAGUAUAAAUCUUAGUCUGAAGUAAGUAACAAUAUGUUUGAAGUGCCUUAAAAGUAAAAGCCUUAGAAUCUGGUGUGAAAAAUAACCUGCAGUGAGAGCUCAAGACCAGAGCUCUAGAGAGAAUAAAAAUACAGUAAGAACUUUCCUGUAUUCUUCAGAUAGAACAAACACCACCUGUGCACAAGUUAGAUGUAAACGUUUGUAUUACAGAACCCCAAUUCUAACAGGUUUAGGAGAAAUGCUUCAGGUUCCUGUUUUUUGAUCAUUGGGAAAUUUGUCAAUAAAAAUCCGUGUCUUGGAGCCAGA